AUGAUAUCGAACAUUUUUUAUAAGCUACAAAUAAUAAUCCUUUUAUUCUUUGUGCUUGACAGUUCUGCCCUUGCAUGCAUUCAUGCUUUCAUUGGCAAACAGGACACCAUUAAUCAAGCCACCGAGCAACGUUUUGAUUCCGUUAACCAGCGUUUUACCAGCAUCAAAGCUACCUUGAAGGAACUCCUCAACAUCUUCAAGUCUCAACCUGCCCAGGACUCUUCUGGUCAGCCCUCCAACCACUCUUUCGUUAGCCCUGACACUCAAUCUCCUCGUCAAGCCUCCACAUCUGACGAAACCAAACCCAAACCCCCCUGGGCUGCCAUCGCAAGCAAACCUACUGCCCCCCUCACAAAUCGUAAGCGCCAAGCCUUGCAUCGUGCCUUCAAUCCACCCGCCAACGACUCCACUCAAACCGGUUCCUACACCUUUGUCUACAUCUCUCACCCCCGUCGUAUGAACCGUGCCCAAAUUAGAUCGAAGUUUCGCGAAGUUUCGAUUGACAAUCUCCACGUUCUAGACGUCAACUUCCCGGCUCGUAACACCAUUGGUGUUCUUUUGCAUGAAGCCUACCUCACUAAGUUCAAAUCGAAGCUUCUGGACUCCCACUUGCUCCAGGAUUUCCAUCCCUUGGAUCACCAUCACAUUGCUGGUCGUAAGUACCAAGAUCACUCUGAAGAGCCUUGCAUCCAGCUGGCCAAAUCUCUCCAUCAAGACCGCUGCAUCCGCUCUCUCUAUCUCAUCCGUGCCCGCCUAGUCCCCGCCGGUGUUGCUAAAUACUUCGUUCGUAAAGGAUGGGUAUCUAGCCACGUUGCUCAAGAUAUCAUCAACCAAAGACUCCCUUGUCCCGCUAAGAGACGUCCUGCUCCUCAACCUGCUGUUACUCACACACUUCAAGCCUCCCAAUCUUCUGGUUUCCUUGCUCAAACCUCCCUCACUCCCGGUUCUGAUUCUCGGGUCCCUCCUAGCCCCACACUUCAAGAUUGA